UUGGUUGUCCUCCCGCUAGUUUUAUGACGAACCACAUGCUUGCAGACGAACCGUGACUGUUGGGUGGAUAUCUGUCAGAAGAUUGGGAAAAGACGAGAAACAGGGUAAAAUCUGAGUAAAGGCAACUGAUAUUUAAACUUCCCAAGAUGCCAAAAAGAUCAAAAGGUAGUGCAGCAAAGAGAAAGCUGGACAGGGAGAGCUUGCUUGCUCACUUUAAGGCCACACUAACCAGAAUUCACUUGGAGGAUGCUGUGAAGAUGAUGAGAGUGCGCCCCCAACAUGCCAUGCCUUUCUCUCACAAACAGAUCUACAUCAGGCGUAAUAACAACAAUAAGCAAUGCCAAGCAGAUGAAAGGUACUGUAGAGAAUGUCACAACUCAAAGUGUCCAUGCAGAGAAUUUGAGACCCUGAACCGAGAGGAGCUGAAAACAUUGGAUGCAACAGUUCUAAAGCACAGAGAGAGCUUCAUUGAAUAUCUGAGGAAGGGGUAUAAAGAUGUGUUCCAACCCAAACACCUGCUGGGAACCAGAGAGGCAGGGGAAGAGGACAUGAAGGUGAUGGUGAAUGUGUUAGCUGACCUGGUGGAUGCUGAGGUGGAGAAUGGUGGUGAAGACUGGAAAUGUAUUCGUGGAUUCCAUGCUUUAAUUCCAUACCUGGACCUCUGCCAAAACAGCAAAAUUGUAACAUUCAUCAUAUACUCAACACAACUGCCAGACGACAACCCUCUUGCUGAGAUGCUUGUCCCUAUGUUCAAGUACUGGCUGUCGGAUGAUAAGUUUGGUAUACACUUUGCCAGCUUCAUAGGCUAUGUAUUAGUGCAUUAUAUGGAAAAUGGUGCAGCAUUCCACGCACUCUUGAGUUCCAACCUGUCCUGUGCUAUGGAGUACAUCAGUCCCCUUGGUAACUGUUUCCACGGCAGCGAGACAGUACGGGAAUUCCUGUUACUGUUCCAUGCUAAAGUUCUCCAAGAUAAUCAUGACACUGCAGAGAAUGCUGCAGUUGUGAAUAACAUCAAACUUGUGAAGGGCAAAGAGGCCUACCUGAAGGUGGCUCAAGCCUAUGUUGAGGACAAGGUGGAUGUUGAUUUGGCAGGUACCUAUGUGGACUUCCUGGAGCAGACAGGUGCCCCUGUGAACCCAGACAUGUAUGCUGUCAGGUUGGAGAGGCCAGGAUGCUGCCGGCAGUCACCAGUGCCAGCAUUCAUAUUGAAAGCUCGUGAAAAGUUUGACCAGAGGCUGAGAAGGCUGCUGGCCAGGGAGAGGAGGGACCCACUGUGGGAAGUGAAGAGACAAAUGUUCAUGUCCAAAGUGGAGACAUUUCAGCAUAGAUUUGCCAACUUUCCCUUUGACAAAGUUAAAGAAGAAACAAACAAUAAACAGAAAACACAAAAGAAUGGGAACCAAUCUGCCUACCAGAGUUCUGAGCCUAAGAAAGACCAGUUCACAGGUUCAAAACCAGUGCCAGAUGUCGACUUGGCCAAAACAACCAGUCCAAAGCCUAGUAAAAGUGGCAAAGAAUCAAAAAAGGGUGAUCAGUAUUUGCCUACGUCAUCAGUGACUAACCCAGGCCCUGGUUUUACUUCCAGUGGACAAAGAAACCCUUUUCAAAAUAAUGGGAAAGGACAAUGUGGUGGAGAUACAGCUUCAAAUCUUGAGAAUAAAAAGCCAAAAAAGAAAAGGAACACGAGCAUGGAUAGAGAUUCAAAGCCCAAUUUUUUUUAUAAUACAGCACCUAGUGAAAAGAAAAACUCAAAAUAUCCGAGCCAAAUAAAGUCCAAGAGCAAGAACUCUGAUCAAAGUGAAACAAAAGAUCCAACUGAUACUGAAAAACUCAAAAUUCCAGGAGAUUUGUCAAAGGAGAAGAGUAAAAAUAAAGGUGCCAAAAAAUCUGAAACUUCAGCAGGAAUUGAAGGGGAGUUUAUGUGUGAAUUGAACCAGGAUGAUAAGAUUAAUAAAUUAUCUCACAAGCUGAAGACAUCCUCAGUAGACAAAGGAGUGGAUUUUACCAAUGUUCCUCCAUCUCAGUCUUUGUCAAAGAACACCAAUGCUACCUCAAGAAGUGAUAGGCCCACAGAGCACUCACAGUUAAAUGGAAUAACAAAAGAUGGGAAUGCCAAACAGUAUGUGCGAGAAAAACUUUGGCCAAAUUUUGAUAAAAAAGGUGAUGCUGCAAGCAAGCAUUGUGGGUGUACCCCAGGUGGCAAUUGUGGUAGUUGUGCUUUUGAAAGCAAUCUGUUUGAUCAUGGUGGUGGAGGAGACGCUGGAAGGAAUGCAGCAGGUGAUUGUGGUGUGGCGGAGCACUUGAGGCAGAUGUCUAUUGAAGAGACCACGGGAGGAGUGACCAGUGAGUCUGGAAAGAAGACCUCCAAGAGCAAGACCAAGAUACGUACCUGUGCAUACUGUGCCAAGGCGUCCAGGGAAGGGGAGAGGUACGGGAAGUGCUCUGAAUGUAGAAAGGUGGCCUACUGCUCCAAAGACUGCCAGAGAACCCACUGGAAACUUGCUCACAGAUACAGAUGUACCCCAGUUCAUGUGAACGAAUGCUAAAAGAUGAGAUUUGAAGUCACAGGAAAUGCGUUUUGAAGGAUCUCUGGAAAAGUGCUUUAGAAUACAGGUGCAGCUCAGCACAAGUCUGUGGAUCUUGAACAAAAUGGAAGUAGUGUGCCAAAACCUACGUGUUAUUACCCAAAACGUUCUAUUUUUAUAUCAUAAAAAUUUAGGAGACAGGCAAAAAGUUGGCUGCUUAUUAUAUUGUAGUUAUAGAUAAUAAAUAUUUAACCUGAAUUUUGAUGCCUAAGCCAAAUGGUUUAUGAAUUAAGACAGAAGUAUAGACACACCUGUACUUCUUCCAAUCUCCAGAAUAUUUAGAAUUUUUUUUCUGAAUGCUGAGGUACAUCUUAAGUUGUGACAUGAGCAUGUAGACAGGUAUAUAACCCUAAUACGUGAGGGAGAGUUCCAAAAACACAGUUUUGAUAUUCUUGGAAGUGUUUUGAAAACUGAGUGGACAUUUACCCAGUAUUCAUAUUUUAACAUACAUUAACAGAAAUUGAUAUCAAGCAAGUGUUACUGCAUUGUAGUUUUAGCUUUCACUUUCAGGAAGCCAGAUUAGUAUAAUUUGUAGGUCCGUUUAAAAAAAACAAGCUGGAAAAACAGAUUUCCAUAGUGUUUAAUGGUACUUGACAUGGAAAACCACACUGUGCCUAAGAGUCCCAAUUAAUGCAGUAACAAAUGGAAUUGAAAUUAAUUUUUUUUUUUUCACUCAGAGAAAUACCCAGGCAAGAUGAAAGAAAAGUACAGAUAAUCUCUUUAAUUAAAGUUUUAUAUUAGUUUUUGACUGUUUAUGUCUUCAGUUUUAUACUGCCAGAUUGAGUUCUCAGUUUUUUAUUGGCAUAGUCAUGGCAUUUUACAAUUUUUACAUGAAGUUUUUUUACAAUUUCUAGGAGGAGUUUGAAUCCUCACAUUCAUCCUUUGCUCUAUAAUAUAGUUGAAAUUUACCAGUUUUGAUGGUCUUAACCCAGAGGUCAUUGAAUAAGGUUUGAUUAAUGAAAUACCACAAACGGCAAAUAGUCAGUUUAGAGUUUUAGUUUAGUAGAAGUGUAUUUAGGUUUGCUUUUUUAUAUACCCAGAAUUUCUGUAUUGUUAUAAUUCUAGAAAAGUAAAACAUAUUUGUAGUUUGAUUGAACAUUGAUGAUUUACCUUUAUUGCUUUUUUAUUUCUGUCAGUAGGUGCCUUCUUGACCCAAGCAAAAACAUACCUUCUCAAUAUUUCAGAAAUCGGUUCCCUAUCUCUAGAAUCUGGGGUCUUAGCUCAGCACAUAGAUUUUGUAAUUCAACUUUCAAUUAUUCUCAAAAAUACAUACCCAUAAGAUCUUUCAACAUUUAUUUGAACAUUGUUUUUUCUUUCAAUGUGGACAUAGUAUUAGGUAAAUUCAGACAGUGCUUGUGGAUUUUAAUUUGAUCUGUGCCACAGUUUGAAGGAAAAUAUUGAAAAGAUACUGUGAAAAAGGUAAACUGUUUUGACACUCUUAUACUAUGCUUGCUUUACUUACAAAAACAUGUUAUUUCAGUGUCAUUUAAGAUUGUGGCAAUUAGCUGUGAUCAGACGGUAAAUGCCACUAUUUGAAAUGCUCAAACAAUAAAAACGUUUUACUACUGUG